AGAAAUUGGAGUCGUUCGCACUUUCUACGGAAUACCAUUUUUAUCGACUCUAUAUAUACAUGUACUCCGUAUUUUUUAUGCUGCUUAUAUAGUGAAUAGUUGCCCAAGUAGGACCCCUUGAUCCAUCAUUGUUAACCCGCCAAACAUGGUGGUACACCAUAUUAUGGGAUUCUAACUGGUGUGUUUGAAGCAGAGUAGCCAAGCACAAACACAACGGUCCCAGAUUUAGCUCCCACUGCCCCCAAAAUUGAAAGCUCUUUUCCAUCACAAGUCCUUCCCAUAUGGCCUUCUCAACCCUUGUCUCUCUCCUGUCCCCUAAAUCUCCGGACAUUUGCCCCCAUCUCCCUCUUCACGCUCCAGACAACGCCCCUUCCAUCUGUCCCAAAUUUAUGCCCCCAACCCCAAAUUAUUUAGAAAAAAAAUAGAUCCAAUUUAAAUUGAUGAUUCCCUUUCACUGGUCUUUAUAUAUACCAACAGUUUCCACUACACUUUGUAUCAAGCUCGUCUCUUUCCAUAAGCAAAACACAAUCUUUGGAGUUGAUCCGAACGAUAGAAGAAAAUGAAAGGUGUAUUGGGACAUGAGAAUGAUGUGAUGAGUCUCAUUGCGACUGAGCUCAGGUUGGGGCUUCCUGGAAGAACUGAGGAAGAGUGUGAACAGGAAGUAGUGUCGACUGCCAAAAGCCACAAGAGGGCCUUUCUAGAAUCAGAAGCUGAAGAUUGCGAAUCCAAAGCUGAUCCCUCACCUGUUUCCAAGUCACAGAUUGUGGGAUGGCCUCCGGUGAAAUCAUACAGGAAAAACACCCUCCAGGCAAAGAAGGGAGAUGGGGGAGGUGAUGGAAACCAGAAUGGGAUGUAUGUAAAAGUGAGCAUGGAUGGAGCACCUUACCUUAGAAAGAUUGACCUCAAGAUGUACGGAGGAUAUCCCGAACUGCUUAGUGGUUUGGAGAAGAUGUUCAAACUCACAAUAGGGGAUUACUCUGAGAGGGAAGGCUACAAAGGAUCUGAAUAUGCCCCAGCUUAUGAAGAUAAAGAUGGUGACUUGAUGCUUAUUGGAGAUGUUCCUUGGGGAAUGUUCUUGUCAUCGUGCAAGAGGUUAAGAAUCAUGAGAGGAUCAGAGGCAAGAGGUUUGGGGUGUGGACAAUGAAAUAGCACAAAUCAUGAAGCCCAAAAUAUGUAUGAGUUGGAACUAAAAAACUCAUCCAUCCAUCCAUCCAUCCAUCCAUCCAUCAGAGUAUAUUGUUUUUUGUGUGUGUUCUCUACACUACAACUGAGAAGUGACAAAAGAGUUUUAUUUUGUGUUGUAAUGCCAUAACUGUCUAUUUUUCUUCGCCUAAUUUAAAGCAAGAAAACCAUGGAGGUUUCAUUAUCAAUCCUGUAAUAUUUUUAUUAAUGUUGGUCCUGUUGUUCUUGUUGAAAUCCCCAACGAACAAGAAGUGUAUAUUAUUAUUUCAGGCGUAAAUGUACAAAGGAGUUUUGAUAUCCUAAAUCUAUUCCCAUUGAAGAAGUGGUG